AUGGGCCUCCUCACUCCCGGUGAAUAUAAGAUAGAGCUAUGGGGUGCCGGCAGUGGCUUCCCAGACCAUUCAUAUGGAAGCUACGGUGCAUAUGUUCGAGGAACAAUCUCUCUCUCAACUCCAUCUGUUUUCUAUAUUUAUCUUGGCCAACGAGGAACCGAAUCGACAAAUAUAACCUUUAACGGAGGAACUCCAGGCUCAUUAUACAUGCGCACAACAACUGCAGGUGGUGGCUCCUCUGAUAUUCGACUUGUUCCCGGUGAUUGGAAUUCCUUUGAAAGUCUUAAGAGCCGAAUCAUGGUGGCCGGUGCUGGAGGUGGUUGUUGUGACCAUUAUAACAAUAUCACCGGAGGUAGUGGUGGUGGUCUAAAAGGCGAAGAUGGUAUUCUUACAAUAAAUUCUCCUUGCUUGAAAAAAGAAUGUGAUGAUAAAAUUGAAAACUCCUGCUUCAAUACAAUUCCAACAGGCGGAAAUCAAACAAAUGGCGGAAUUGAUGCCAUUUGGAACAAUAUAUCGUCUAAAUUUGGAAUUGGAGGUUAUGUGAAUAAAGGAUUAACUCGGCCAUCAGGUGGUUCUGGAUAUUAUGGUGGUGGUGGUGGUGUUAGUUCAAAUUGUGUUAUUAGUUGUGGUGCUGGCGGUUCUUCGUUCGUGUCAGGACUGACAGGAUGUGACGCAAUUAAUGAGUCAUCAACAGGAUUUGAUAGUAUUUUUCAUACACAUCAACCUAUUCACUACUCGGGAUACACAUUCACCGACGCAAUCAUGCUUAACGGCGGAAACCCAGAAAUCCCACAACCCGAAAACACAAUUUUCUAUGACGGUGCAUGUCAAAUUACGAUUUUGAGUGACUUUACAUCAUUUCUCAAAACAUGCCAUCCUUCUUUCACUUCUACUCAAACUUUCUUCCUAACCUUUGCAAUUUUCAUUCAAACUUGA